AUGGUCCGGCUGCACGUGAAGAAAGGCGAGGAGAGCCAGUUUCUAUACGACACACGCGUGGAGGCACGGGUUGAAGACAUUAUAUACGACAUUACUAUUAUUUACAACGGCCGGCUGAAAGUCUCGAGAAUAUGUUACGAAAUCGAGGAGCUGAUCAAGCACGGCACCAUGCUGCCCCACAACAUGAUGGGCCUCACCGACGAGCAGGUCGAAGAGCUCAAACUCAAGGACGAAUGGGGUGAGAAAUGCGUACCAAUGGGCGGAUGGACCUUCAACAAGGACGUUAUAGAAAUUGGUGCAGCAAGAGAAACUGGUGACACAGAAAACUGUGCAAGAGGCAUUGGACAUUUUGAGGGGCGCCGUGACGAUUGUUUAUCCUAUGGGACUUCCACCUCACGACAUUAUUCGACAGGAAUUCGAGAACACAGAGGAUUUGAGCGGCACUCAAGCGUCGCUCGAGGUGAUAGACGUGCAACUGGCGCAACUUUGGUUCUCAGGGAAAGAAUUAUUGCCGGGAAUGAAGGUGAAGGAUUACGUCGGGAUGAACGAAAAGACAAAGAUUAUUGUCAAGUUACAGAAAAGAGGGGGAGGAAGACCUGCUCGUGAACCAGUAAUGUCGGAAGAAGAAAGGAAACAACUAAUGCUGCAUGCUUACAGGCGACAGGAACAGCUUAAGGUAAGUGAAACUUCCAUUUUGUUGAUAAAGUAGUUUUCUCCUUCAUACAUACGUAUACUUGAGUACACGCAAUUUUGAAGUAUUAUUUACAAUAAAAUUCUAAUAAAAUUCUAAAUCAAUUUUGAAGUAUUAUUUACAAUAAAAUUACAAUAAAAUUCUAAAUCAAUCCAGAGAAAAAUUAAAAUUUUUUAAUUAAUAUUAUAUAAUAUAUUGUUCUCUAGAAGAGAUACAGAUAAUUGAUCUAAUCACAAUCGCAUCUACAUGGUUUUUAAUAUAUUAAUAAAUGAUAAAUGUAGUGCAAUUAAAUAUGCAAUAAUAUAAAAAUGUUUGUACAAGAGAAGAAAACUACUUUUCAUUUAUAUUCUGCAUGUUAAAUAAAAUAUCUACUCACGGUAAGUAUUACAUAUCCUUUCUUCUAAUUGGUAAGUAUUUAAAUAGAUAUCUGAUUUUGUUCUCCAACUCAUUCUCAUUAUUUUAUACUAUACUAUAUAUAAAAGAACUCCAAUAUUUCCAUUUUCCAACUUCUAAGAGAAAUUUAAGUUCAGUUACCAUUUUAAGUAUUUGUCAUUUUCAACGUUGCCGAUUCAACGUGGAAUAAGAUUUCAAUGUUAUCAGUGGUUGGAAUUGAAAUUAAAUUUUGCUAUGAAAUUAUAA